AAAAAGCCGUUGCCGUUUUCAUCCUUGCAAAAAGAGACAGAAAACGCAGAGAUCCACGCUGCGCUGUGCAUGUCUCGCCAUUAAUCCAAGAAUCAAUUCUGAGAGUUCUUCUGCUAGUAUUGGUUGACAAUGGAUGCCUUCAUAGUUUCGUCGAAUUGGAAAGGACGACACCAUCAAACCAUGCUUCGAGCAAUUGCUAUCGUUGUCAAGUUGUUUCCGGUCCUUCUCCUUUUGAGUCUAGCAUGGCACCGAGGGUGUGCUCAAGAAAUCGAACUCGGUUCCGAGUCUGAGCAACUGUGGUCCAGCGAAGACAUCAACCUAUCUGGUGCUCCUUCUUUCUACGGCGCCGCUGUUCCUCGUCGACAACCACAAUGCUGGGUCGAAGCCCUCAAGAUUUUUCAACCCAAGAACCAACAAGAAAUGGCAAUGACUUCAAGGGUCUGCGAGCGAAUGGGUCCACAGCAUCAAAAAGCGUUAGCCUUUGAGCUCGCACGUUGUCAUUUGGAAGACCUUGGACGUGACAUUAUUGAGGAAGGCUCCAUUCAAGCCAAGAACAAGGAAGGCAGCGUUGUCACCGAUCCACGGCACUGCAUCGCCUUGGGACCCGAAAGUUCUACUUCUGAUGAUGACAAUCAGCAGUUUCCCCAUUUACCACACUGUCUCAGAAGCCUCACCGAAGCGGGGUCAAACGCAUAUACAUUGUUCUUUGGCCAGGUGGUUCAAUUGUGCAAUCAGUUGACGCAGCAAAUGUCCCUUGGCUUUCAACAGCAAGUGGGCAUGCAAUUGGCCAUCAUCACGAAACGAGCCAUUCAGCAAAUCGGAGAACUGAUACAGGGCCAACAAGAGGCUUUUCGAAAAAGAGAAGAGGAAAUGCAGGAAUGGACGGCCGCUUUGAUGGAGAACUGGAAAGCACAAGUACGUGAGCAAAAGGAGCACUACGAAGCUUUGCUCCGCAAUCAGACCUUCCUCCUCGAAAAUCGAACCAAAGAACUGGAGCGUUUGCAUUUGGAAAAGCUUGUCUCGGCAACUAGCUUUCUCCAACCUCUGUUGACAUUGGAGUCAUGGGUUGCGAUGGCCAAGCAUGGAUACGACCUCUUCGUGUUCACUUUGUACUGGUGCCUUGCGCUCAACGUGGUGUGGUUUGUGACUCGUCCACGCUACUGCCGUUGGUCUCGAGUGCACCUGUCCGGGCUGUUGCUUCUAGAAAGGAUUGCUGAGGUUGCUUGCAUCUUUGCCGUGCACAAGGAUUUCAUGUCGGAAGCCCAGCAGACGACAUUGGUCUCUAGCUUACGGCAAACAAGUUUGUGGCUUGGUGUUCUCCUCUAUGUGGUUGGAGUUGUCUUCUCCUGCUGUUUUUUUGCUUGGGACAGUACCGUAGACGAGGAUGAAUACUCUGAUGAUGAAGACAACGUACACUAUGAAGAAUUGACUGACGAGGAAGCUGAGAAUGAAUCACAGCAACAGAGAGAGGAAAUGCGUCGGGAGUUCCGCAGCCUCGUGCCGGAAGGCGUCUUGACGCGAAACGAAACUGUCGCUGCAUCCAACACUCGGAAAGAAGGAAGUCCUUCUGCGAUUUUGACUUCACCCUUAGUUGAUCCCUUCCUCCGUCGCACUCCUCCCGGGGCUGUGCCAUUGGUGGAGCGAAUUGAGACGGCAUCAUCCAGCAGCAGUGGGGUGCAUCAGGACGGUGCUCUGGUGCCCCCCAACACAUCAGUUGCUACCAUUGUGAGCCCACUUGUGCGGCCCAACUUGCAGGAGAAAGCAAAUAGCGAGACUAAAAAGCAUCUCAGCCGCGAGACUCGUACCUUCAACAACAGCAGUACUGGUAGUCCCACUGCGACGGCGGCACAAGGAGUUUUGAACGUUACUGAAAGCUUGACCGAAAACGGGAGUCCGAUUGCUUCAUCUCUGAAGAUCACGGCACGUAGCCCCAAGAAGCGGUCUGUGGACGAGACUGAGUGCGACGAUGAUGCGGGCGAUGACCGUUCGCCUGAAUCUUUGAAGCCUGGAGCCAAGCGUCGCCGCAUCGACGAAGCCAAGAAUGAUUUCAACCAUUGUCACAGCAAUCACAGCCAUGGCAAUACGGACAGUGACUCUGACGAAGGAUACCACACAGCCAAGGAAGAUCGGGUUGACACGGAAGAAGUCGAGAUGUUUGAGAACGAGCACGACACCGACGACGAGUCCACCAAGCUGGCAGAGGAAGACGCUGAGCCCAUUGAUGACGACAUGGAGGAGGUUGAUGACGAAGAUGUGAUUGUCACCGUUUAAUGCAAGCACGGCAGAGGCAAAGCAGCAGAUGCGCUGCGAACCGAGGAACAGCAGACGAGAGAUAAUGGGCAGGGUGGGUGAACUGCAUGGAUACAACACGAUUAUUUACAGAGUAGUUAAUUAAAAGAUAUAAUAAUCCGCAUGAUUGAGCACU